CGGCGGGUCCCGGGCGACCUUCGCUCGGGCCGCGGUGGAUGCUUCUGAGCUGCUGAUUGUUUUCAGGAGUUGUAGAUUAUUAUUGUGCCAGUGCUGUUACUAUACUUGGGAGUUGCAAAGGACAACACAUUUUCUAACGUGAUGGUGUGGGCUAUCUUUUGGAUCAACACAAAAAGCUGAAGCUAAGGCUGGGGUGAUCAAACAGUACAGAAGGGGAGAAGAUGGACUUAACAGUUGCAAUACUGUUGACCUUAUCCCAGAGAUGCAUCCAUUCUGCGUUGAUGAACUACGUGAAUUCAACUUUAGAAGAUGGUUUGAAAAGCAAUCAUCUGGACACGGAUGAACAAGAUGUGUUUAGUAUAAUUUUGAAAAAUAAUGAAAAACUACUAAAGCAGACAGGAAAUACAAUAAUUCAGUAUGGUGAUGUUUUAGUUGAUAAAUCCAGAAAUGCUAUGGUUUGUCAAAAUACACCAAGGAGCUGCUUAUGGCCUUCUUCAGACGAUGGAAAUGUUUAUGUACCAUAUACAGUUACUAAAGAUUUCAGUGAAGAUCACAAAAAGUUGAUAAAAAAGUGUCUGGAUGAGAUUAGUUCUUUGACAUGUGUGAAAUUUUACUACAGGCGAAAGAAUGAAGCUGCCUAUAUUGCUGUUGCAUCAGGUUCAGGGUGCUUUGCUCAUGUGGGUUACAGAAAAAGUGAAAGGAAGUUAUCACUGGAAAUACCACAAUGUGUACAUUUCAGUCUAAUAGCACAUGAAUUUCUACAUGCAAUUGGUUUUCAGCAUGAGCACUGCAGAAGCGACCGUGAUAAUUAUAUCACAGUCUUAAAGCAAAAUAUUAUACCAGGGCAAGAAUUUAAUUUUAACCUCCUAAAUACAAACAAUCUAGGCACAGCAUAUGAUUAUACUUCCGUCAUGCACUAUGGCAGACGUGCUUUUGCCAAACAAGGAACGGUUACUAUGAUACCAAAACCAGAUCCAAAUGUUGAACUUGGACAGAAUAGAGGGCCUACUGCCAAAGAUAUUCAGAAGAUUAACAAACUUUAUCAAUGUGAUACAUGUGGAUACAUGUUUGUAGACAAAUCUGGAAAUUUCACCACCCCAAAUUUCCCACUGAACUAUCCCAACAAUGCUGACUGCAAGUGGAUAAUUAGGUCACCUAUAAAAUAUCAGAUUCUCGUGGAAUUCUCUGAAUUUUCAAUACAAGAAUUUGCUGCUUGCCUUGGUGAUCAUGUAACAGUUUACGAUGGUGCAGAUAAGCUUUCAAAAGUCCUCGUACGACCAGCUUGCGGUGCAGAAAAUCCAGCUGCAAUAUCAACAGUAAAUGAGAUACUUAUUACAUUUACCUCAAUUAGGAGAUUACCAGCACGUGGUUUCAGUGCUAAAUAUAGAUUCGUUGAGUGUGGGCGUAUGGUGAAGAACAAAAAAGGAGAUAUUACAAGGAAGGCUAGCCGCUCCAAAGAUACACACUGCUUUUGGGUUCUGCUCACCAAAAUGAAGCGUAAGAUAAAAAUCCACCUACGCUUCCUGGGUCCUCUCAUGGGAGUUACUACAACAGUUUUGUGCUUGGGUCAAGCAUCUUACUGGUGUUUUUAUGGAAAACAUAAUUGUUGUAAAAUAACCAGAAUACCAACAAUUUUUAGAUUUUUCUCUACCUCCAGAUCGUAGAAAGUUUACAUCAGCAUGUUUGGCCAGUGAUCAACAAGCAUGCAUUAUUUAUGCCUUUGAAUGCAUUAUCAACAGCAUCUUGAACAAAAGCCCUGAAAUUGCGUUCUGAGGUGGCAGGACUAAGAGUGUAACAUAUCCAGCUGAAAUCAUCAUCUUGGCAGUUUUAAUGAAAAAUUGAAUGAGUUAAUAGCUCUUUUCUAAUCACCACAGAAGAAAUUUCAGGGUAGUCUGGUUUGCGUUCCUACAAUACCAUCUUGCAACAUUCAUAGUAUUAAUGGAGUAGAACUUUGCCUUGGGAACCUGUCUUACACCCAGUGCAAAACAGCUAAUCUGAUAAGUGGUAUAUUUAAAGGAAAGGAUUUUCUUUUUAGAAUUACUUCAGGAAUCUGUUGAUAGAUCAUAAAUAGAUUAUAAAGGUGAAUAAUAUAUUGAAGGCUUCUACCAUACAGAAAGAAAUUUUGUACAAUCUGUACACUUUUGUGGACAUGUCAGUGAAAGGUCUGAGAGAUACUUCCUAUACCUGUGAUCACUUACAUGCUGAAGGGGCAGAUCUUGGUUGAGACUAUUCUUCUGGUUAAAAUUGUAUUGCUCUCUUUCAAUAUGCCUGCAAUUGCAUACCAUAAUUUUUCUGAAGUAAUUUAACAGCCAUUGUCUGUUGGUAAAUCUACUAAAAGUGCUUGGUUACCGGGUAAUAAUGACUGACUCAAGGAACUCAGUCAAGGUCGUGUUGGGUCAGGUUGGAUGAGUUCUCCCUGGUUCAGAAGGGCCAGAACUGUGAAAAUUCAGUCAAAAAUGUUGUACUUGCCUCAAGGUGUUUGUACAGAAUCCUUCAUUAGGGAACAGAUUACUGAGCCUUAAUUUCAACCUUGUCCACCAGUGAAAAUAGAACAGGUUUGUAUCAGAUUUUCCUUUUACAUCCAACCCAAUUUUACACUGAGUUUCAAAGCAGUGUAAAAUUAAAUGAGAUCUAAACCUAUUGUCUGAUUCAAACCUGCCUCAUUCUCAUUGAGUGGGUUAGAUUAAAAUUUAGGUUACUAUGACACCACAAAAUUAAAGCAGUAAAUCCCAAGCAGAGGCUGGCCCGACAUCUGAUGAAAAUACCUGAGUCAAGCGGCUUUGUUGCCACUUUUGGCAUUUCUCAAUCACUCACUGUUUCAUUAAUUACGGUACCAGAUACAUACUUUGUCAUUCAUUUUUUGAUGUUAUACUUUUUUUUCCUUUAUGUGACUCCCAAGGAAAGAAAAGCUUAUAGAGCCUCUUACUUUUCUCGAAUUACUCUUACACCAAACUGAACAAGGUGAUGGGUUCCAAGGAUUCUACUGUUUGGCGUUGAAUCAGAAAUGUUCUGUUUGCAGGAAUGAGCAAUAACUUCAUGUUGAGGUGAAACUAACUCCUUUAUUCAGUUUGUAUACUUUUGUUUGAAAUUAUUUGCUAAUAAAAUGUUACUUUAAACAAUG